GGACGGCGGCCAGGACGCUGGCGUGAGGCAGUCGGAGCCGAGGAGUCCGGCAGUGUCCUUGCGCUCCCGCCCUGCUUCGGUACGCAGCUACAGCCGGAGGCUUUGCAGGCCUGUGGAACAGCUGUCUCCCUGGGACUUUCCUUCACCUGCAUCCCCUAGUUCCUCUUGGUUUAUGCUCUCAUUUUGGUGGAAUACAUUCUUCGCUAGGCUCUGGAAACGGUAGAGUACAUGGAAGGUGAAAAGAUGGCGUUUGUGAAGAGUGGAUGGUUGCUGAGACAGAGUACUAUUUUGAAGCGCUGGAAGAAGAAUUGGUUUGACCUGUGGUCAGAUGGUCACCUGAUCUAUUAUGAUGACCAAACUCGGCAGAGUGUGGAGGAUAAGGUCCACAUGCCCGUGGACUGCAUCAACAUCCGCAUGGGACAUGAGUGUCGGGAUAUUCAGCCUCCAGAUGGGAAGCCAAAAGACUGUCUGCUGCAGAUUGUUUGCCGAGAUGGGAAAACCAUCAGUCUUUGUGCAGAAAGCACAGAUGAUUGUUUGGCCUGGAAAUUUACGCUUCAGGAUUCCAGGACAAACACAGCUUAUGUUGGCUCAGAAGUCAUGUAUGAUGAGACUGCUGUGGUUUCCUCCCCACCUCCUUACACAGCCUAUGCUGCACCAACCCCUGAGCAGGCAUACGGCUAUGGUCCGUACAGUGGUGCAUACCCGCCAGGAACUCAAGUUGUCUAUGCUGCAAAUGGGCAGGCUUAUGCUGUACCCUACCAGUACCCAUAUGCAGGACUUUAUGGACAGCAGCCUGCCAACCAAGUCAUCAUUCGUGAGCGGUAUCAAGACAAUGACAGUGACCUGGCGCUGGGCAUGCUGGCUGGAGCAGCCACAGGCAUGGCCUUAGGGUCUCUGUUCUGGGUCUUCUAGAGUCCUUGGAACCUGGAUGUGCAUAGCUUCUGAUACCCUGUGUGCAAUAAUAUAAUUUGCAGGGCAUUUCUGUUUGUUAUAAAUAUUUUUAAUAAUAGUUUCAGUAGUUCUUUUGAAAGUAGUGACAUCAUACUUAUAACUAAUCCAUGUAAGUACCACGGAGAAGGCUUUGGACUGCUGUUAAAACUAUUUGGACUCUUUGGGGGCACUGGCUCAUUCUAGGAGUUUUUUUAUGGAACUCGCAGAAUACCUUAUUUGAACACACCUGUUUGGAAAGGGCAUUUUCCUUUUAGAGUUAGGCCUUAGUGCUUAAGGGGUAGUUAUUUUAGUGUUACGCGAGUAACGUCGUGAUGUACGAGUGGUGAGUGAUUGUGGCAAGAAGAACUGCAGCUGUUUUGGUUUAAUGCCAGACUUUGAAACCUCAGACCAGACCUGGCUGCAUGUUACUUCAGGAGUCGUAGGCUGGAACCUUCCUGAGGCAGCGGUGUGAUAUCGCCACAGCCUCUGGGGCUCUGCAGACUUACAGCAAAGCCGACUGCUUAGGGUGAUGGGUGGGGUGGCAGAUCCCCUGCUUUAAAAUGAUGCUUUUCAUUUCAUUUUACUAGUUUGUUUUUGGUAGUGAUCCUUGGAAAACAUCCCAAAUUAGGAGUAGACUUGAGUCUCAGCGUUUUAGGGCUUUAUCAUUUAAAACUUGAACAAGGCAAAACAAUUACAAACAAGUGUGUGCAGGUAGAUUUGCUUUAUUCAGAGGCAUCAUGAUUUAAGUGUUUGCUUUGAGUAUUUUUAUUGCCUCUUCAGCCUACUUACAGCUUAUUUUUCUACUUGUUGAGAAAGUAAUAUUAAGAGAACCGUGAGGAAGUGGAAUGAGAACCAUAGUUACAGUGUUACUGUUUCAGGGGAUUGGGCUGCACUGAGGAUCCUCUUUCCCACCCUUCUGAAGGCUGUUAAAGAGCCCGUUUCCUGGCUGUGCAGGACUGGGGUGCUGUGGCUCUCCCCGAGCACUGGGGUGCGUGGAGCCCCGGUGGUGGCAUGGUGGGGGAGACUCAGGUUACAGAUGGGAGUUGCGGCCUAAGGUCAUGAAUGACCUGCUCAAGGUAUUACUCCACCUGACCAGGAUACUGGCCUUGUUUUCAUUCUUGACUCAAAUGUCACAGAGAAGCUUAAACCCAUUUAAUUUGAGCCCCAACUAUGUGGGAAGCUCUGGAAGACUGAGAGUCGUGCGUUUUUGUUAUUUCUUAUUUCUUUAUUUAUGUAAAUUUUAAAACUUCAGUUAUUCCAGUUUUCUGUCCUGCAUGCUUUAAAAAAUGUACUUUUACAAAGGCAGUUAAACGCAUUGAAGGUCUCUGCCCCUGUACUCCAUGUGGCCCUAUUUUUCAUAAAAUAAACUCCUAGUAGCACAAAUUCCGUUUUUAUUCUAUGUGGCCAGUUACAUACAUAGUCUUUUUUUUUUUUUUUUUUUUUUUUUUU